ACUUUACCAUCAAACUUAUCAACUUCGUCAUCUUCACCUCCAAGCUCCAAUCAAUAGCAUUUUCUGUCUUUUUAAUCCAUUUUUUUUUUUUUUUUUUUUUUUUUUUUUUGUUUUCUUUUUUUUUGUUGGUUCUACUUCUGAAGUUGUUGCAAGAACGUUAACGAUUAACGUUAUGGCUGGUGGAAUUGGAGUUCCACUUUGUGUUCAGUGUGGCACGACUAGCAACCCGUGCCGGUGCAAGGUGGUUGGGCCGACGCUAGGGUUCCUGGCAUUCGCAGUGGCGGCAAUCUUUGAAUGGCCGGUGGGGGCUUUAGUUUAUUGCUUCAAGCACGCGAAAGGUCGUCGUAUUAUGGCUCAUCCUGUCACCGUUGUUUACCCUAAAGUCACCAAUAAGAUUCCUAUUUGAUGUUCUACCGUGCUAUAAAAUAAUGUAACUUUAAUUUA